AUGUACUUGAAGCCUCUUGUGGGAUCCACUAGCAGGAUCAUUGGUGUUCGACCGGUCCUUACAGCUGCUCUCCAGGCUAAGCAGACAGCUACCGCCUCAAUGAUGGUUCGUUAUGCUUCUAACAAAACUCAAAGCACACAGACCAUGGACAUUAAGUAUUUUGGAAUUCCCACAGAUGUCUACAUUCCUCCAUCACCAAAAAAUGUCCCACCCUUUUAUAAAAACCCCAAACUGGCACUCAAAUCAAUCAUUAGAAAGGCAAUCAUGCUGGUCAAAAAUACAGUCUUUAUUGCCCAGUUCCGUUUAAAGUCCAAAAUUUCGCCGCGCUUUGUGGAAUGGAAAAACUUGGCUCUCGAAACUUAUGUCGAUACCAACCACGCUUUUGCCGAACGCCGUCUCGAUUUAGUCCGUGACCGUCUCAGUCUGUGGGUUUAUGAAUCUCUCAAGAGCCGUCUUGAGUCAGUCCCCAAAGAUGUCAAGCUUAAUUGGAAACUUGUCAAGUUCAAUUCGACCCCAAAAAUUGUUUCUGUCCAACCUUUAUUACUUCCUGGUAAACCCAUGCGUGAAAUUCAAAUUAUUUAUAAAAUUGAUACCCGUCAACGACUUGCCCGUAUGUCCCCCCAUAGCAAGGAACCUCAGGUUGUUGAACACGAUGUUGUUGAUUAUGCAGCUUUUACUUUUGAUGCAUCCAAGAUCCCUGCCCGUGUUUACUUUGCCGGAACUGUUUUUGAGAGCUCUCUCGAAGACUCACUUCCUGUUGCUUCUGAAAAGGCAGAAGAAAUGAUGCAGUCAAUGAAAAUCAAGGGCGAUAUUUUCCGCUCUCCACCCAAGCUCAAUCUUUCUAAGAAGGCUGAAUUGGAGCAGAAGCAAGAGUCUAAGUAA